AUAUGACCGGAAAACAAUCAUAUGAUCAAUGUUUACAAAAAAGAAAAAAGUCCAUCCAUUCACACAGACGGUGCUUGAUAUAGAAAGAAUACUGUAGGUGUUUACGGUCAUCAUGAGGCUUGUGAUCCUUGACGACUAUGACCUGGCCAGCGAGUGGGCUGCCAAAUACAUCCGCAACCGUAUUAUCCAGUUCAAGCCCGGCGAAGAGAGAUACUUUACUCUGGGUUUGCCCACAGGAAGCACACCACUUGGGUUUUACAAGAAACUGAUUGAAUAUUACAAGAGUGGAGACAUAUCCUUUAAAUAUGUGAAGACUUUCAAUAUGGAUGAGUAUGUUGGCCUGCCUAGGGACCAUCCAGAGAGUUACCAUUCCUACAUGUGGAACAACUUCUUCAAACAUAUAGACAUCGAACCCCAGAAUACCCACAUUUUGGAUGGCAAUGCGACUGACCUUAAGGCUGAGUGUGACUUCUUCGAAACGAAGAUAACAGCUGCUGGAGGCAUCGAGUUAUUUGUUGGAGGAAUUGGACCAGAUGGCCACAUUGCCUUUAAUGAGCCCGGUUCUAGUCUUGUGUCGAGGACACGAGUGAAAACCCUGGCAAAGGACACUAUAGUGGCCAAUGCUCGCUUCUUUGGAAAUGACUUGUCUAAAGUCCCUACUAUGACUCUUACUGUUGGUGUGGGCACAGUUAUGGAUGCUAGGGAGGUUAUGAUACUCAUCACUGGAGCACACAAAGCCUUUGCCUUAUAUAAGGCUAUAGAAGAAGGUGUGAACCACAUGUGGACCGUAUCUGCCUUUCAGCAGCACCCUCGUACCAUCUUCGUGUGCGAUGAAGACGCUACGCUCGAACUCAGGGUCAAGACUGUAAAGUACUUUAAAGGGCUGAUGCAUGUUCACAAUCAGCUGGUUGAGCCGACACACAGCAUGAAAGACUAUAAAGAUUAAGACUAAAGAGGAUGAUGCAUCGGUAUGUAGUAGUGUAAUGUGCUUUCGGAAAACAUACAAGUCACACAAAGGCUCACAAAGGUGCCUGAAAUACCAGUGAUGUUGCAGGGUUGCAUCACAUUAAUGUUUACUUGCACAAGGCCAGGAAUGUAUUUAAAGGCAAGUUUUAUUAACCAGUCAUUUCUAGCCUUGUAAUGUUACUGAAGAAACACCUCAAGUGUAAAACCUCAUUUUAAUUCACCCUUGUGUUAAAAAAAACUUAACUCUUUUCCAUUGUGUAUUUAAUGUACCUUCAAGUGCCACUGUUGUAUUGAAAUAAUAAGGUCAACAUGUGUCUUAUAUCCAUAGCAUAUAUUUCAAAAUAUGGUUCAGAGGUAAAGGAAAUUUUGUUUAUAUGACAUUUGGGAUAAGUUAAUUAAAAUAUCUGACAUAUCUUUGAUAUCUUUUCAAAUAGAAAACCCUGACUCGCAUACAUAUUCUUGCAUAAACAUACAUCAAACUUCAUUUGAAAGCAUAACCUACAGAGUAUCUGAUGCCCAUAUUUAUUUUAGUCUGAUUUAUCUUGAGUUUUGACAUAAUGCCUAUUACAAUAUAUUUUCCAUAGGGAAGUAGGAAAAUUUUAGAUUAACUGGAAUUUAACUGGAUUUGUUUUAGGCAUGCCAAAGACCAAUCCAUCUCAGAAAAUGUAAGUGAUUGGCAAGUUUAUUUGGGACCAGCAUUAUUGGUGUUUUUUUUCUUUUCUUUUUCUCCCCCCCAAAAAAUAAUUUCCCAGUAAUUUCCAUUGAGUGUAAUACAAUCUGACCUUUGGAGCUAUGGGCCACUACCUUUGACAUAUCUGUGGCGCUGUGUGACCAAAAGGAGCUCAUAAAUCCUGAUUCAGAAAAUGUAAUGCAUCACAAAUCAAACUGAGUGAAUGGAUACAUUCACUCAUACAUUAGCACUCCACACUCCUUAUUAUUACUGUGUUGGUUGCUGUUUUUAUUGUUACAGCAAACCCAUUAUUCUUACUUUAUUCCUAGCGUUUAGACAUGUUACUGCAUGGAAGGUUACUGUAUCAGCACUUUGUGUACGACUGAAUUUAUUUGGAAGAUUUUUGAACCUCAGUAUAUAGACUUGAUUAAACUGUACCAUACAUGUGUCUCACAUGUGAAAGCUGAUAACAGCAAUAAGUGUUUGUGUUGUAUUUUCACUUGAUUAGUGCAACUGCUGUUACCAGUCUUUUAUCUUUCAUUUCAACACCAAAUCUCCUACACACUCCAUGGUGUAAGACUAAAAUAAAAUGUGGUUGGUUUAAAUA